UUUUCUUCCUGCACCUGCCCAGAAAAGACCGAUCGGCCGACAUUCGGGCCAUGAAUCAACUGCAAGCAAUCCAAUCUUGAUGUCUCACCUCAAUUGAAGCUCGGUCGAUCAUUUUGGACAAGCAUCUUGAACAGCAAAUGCCAAGCUGGAGCCUGGUUCUCAUCUUAGCUCGUGUCAAGUCAGCCCCGCCACAAAUAAAUCUCUCCAGAUCCGCUACCCACGCCCUACGUCACCACUCUCUCGAUCCCCCAAAGCUUUGAGGUGAUCAUCCUCUACAAGCUUUCCCAAGGUCUGAAGAGGCCUUUGGACUGCACGAAUCACUCACUAUGGCGCCCUCACGAAGUACCUCGUCGAACGCCGCUGCCAUGCGAGCUAUGGCUGUCAAUCGAACAACUUCGUCUGGUUCAUUCCACGCUGGCGCGCCGAUCCCUACCCUCAGCUCCCUGCGACGACAGUCUCAUCGAUACCAGACCUUUCCUACCACUCCGCCGAAAACUCCCCUCGAACAGCCGUAUGCCACGUCGAAUGGAAGCGAUUCUGAAGAUGACGAUGAUCACGAAGAAACGCCUUUGCCUGUGCGACAGUUGCUGCUGUUGGCAUUUCUCUCCCUUGCGGAGCAGACCGCGCUGAACUCGAUAUCUCCAUAUUUGCCUGAGAUGGUACUCAAUAUGCCUGGUAUUCCUGACGACGAGGCCGGUUUAUAUGUUGGAAUACUUGCGAGUUCUUUCGCAUUGGCGCAGCUGUCGACCAACUUCCUCUGGGGAUAUGCCUCGGAUGUUAUUGGACGAAAGCCGGUUCUGAUCAUGGGCACCGCCGCUUUGAUGGGGUGUUUCUGUGCCUUUGGCUUCUGCAAGGAGUAUUGGCAGAUUGUUGUCGUCCAUGUUGCGAUGGGACUUCUCAACGGAAAUGCCGCAUGCGUUCCGACAGUUCUGGGAGAGGUUACGGAUCGUUCUAACCAAAGCCGCGCUUUCACAUAUCUGCCUGUCAUCUACUCCCUCGGCAGCAUUACUGGACCUGCGCUGGGCGGCAUUCUUGUCGGCAGAAUGGGCAAAGAGUACCCAUAUCUUGCCCCCAACAUUCUGUCCGCCGGUCUCCUCGCUCUCAGCGUGGUGGUGGUCAGCAUCUGGUUCGAAGAGACCCUGGACAAGACUGAAGUCAACUUUGAGAAGCCCGCUUGGGUCGAAAAGCUACUCUCCUGGCUCUCUCCGAGCAAGCCUCCGCCUCGACGAGCAUCUUGGAGCGCGCGCUGGCCUCGAUCUCAAUCCCAAAACCAGCCCCUGCUUUCCUCCGGACGAGCGCUCGAAUCUGAAUCCGAUGACGAAGAGACCGAGAACGACGAUGACGACAGUGAUGACAAGUUAGAUCCAGCCAUGUCCGCGUGGAAAGACCUCAGCCGAACAACGAUCCUCAUUCUGUUCACCUACCUCGUCUUCCAACUAUCGAACAUCUCCUUCAACAGCCUCUAUCCCAUAUUUGCCGCUACACCUCCACCUGCAGGUCGCGACUUGUUGCCCAGUAAGAUUGGCAUCAGUCUGAGCAUUGCUGGCUUGGCAAGCUGCAUCUUCCAGGCGUUCCUCUUCCAAGCGCUCAAGGUUAGAUUGGGCAAUCUCGGUACCUACCAAAUCUCACUUCUGGGACUUGGUAUCAGCAUGUUGCUUAUGCCGUGGGUUGGCUAUGCGGAUAGCAAACCUUUCUUUGGCCUGGGAAGCGGCAAGAUGUGGCUGUACAUUGAGCUUGGGGUUGUAUUGAUCUUGAAGAACCUCUGCGCAGUGGGCGGCCUGUCCAGUGUCAUGCUCUUGAUCACCAACUCUGCUCCGUCGCACUCGAGCCUUGGUAGCCUCAACGGCAUGGCGCAAACCCUCUCUGCUCUCGGUCGCAGCUUUGGCCCCUUCGUGUCAGGCGGACUCUUCAGUCUAUCCAUCAACAUCCGACCCAAGGGCGAAGCACUGGCCUGGAGCAUUUUUGGAGGUCUGGCCAUUCUGGGCUGGGUUUCAUCUCUCUUCAUCCGCCGCGACGGCCUUGAGAGCGACGAUUGGCAAGGAUCAGAUGAGAACCUCGCCGAGCACGAGGCUGACGAGGCGUGAGCUUAUCGCGACCAAACAACAACAAAAAUACAAUAGACCGCAUUGGCACUUAGCAUUGGAUUGGUGGUGUGCAUAUGGGACAUGGUCAUUUUGACGCAUCGUCCGGGCGUAUUGGAGAACUGACAAGGGCUGCUUUUGAGACUUGAGCGACAAAGUAACGAUGAAGACGUACCGUUCUGGGAUUUACCUUACAUUUGUACAGUUGAUAAAUAGAGUUGGAAAUAUCUGGCUUGGCUUUAAGCCAGCUGAUUUGUCCUUGAUAGUUUGUAUACUCUGACUACACUUGCUGUGCUUGCUGCUGGUCAUGAGAUUGACUUCAUGAAUGGCAGUUGUCUAGCUUGGACCGUACCAUCUUCCCCUUAGGCGCAAGAACUCCAUG